CAUUAAUUACGGGGUCGCAUCGUUGUUUAUCAAAGCUUGAAUCACCAACGAAGAAGACAGUCAACAUCUCAAUUCGUUCUUCUCAAAAUGGACAUGGAAACACAAGAAAACGCAGACUCUGAGGACUUUCGCAAGCGAAUGGCAGUCCCAAGUGGCUUCAGAAACCUGCUCGAGGGCCUGACUGUGGAAAUUUUGCGUUGCCGUCCGGAGAACAUUUAUAAAUUUGCUGCGGAUUAUUUCCAUAAAAAGUUGAAAGAACGCCAAGGUACUUUUGCUUAAAAUACUAUCUCUAAAUUUCUCCUAAGAUGCAUGUUGAUUCCCUUAUUUGCCAUAUCGAUACUGAUACUUACGUUCAAGUUGCUACUUUGCUAGUUAAAAUGGAAUCAGAUGUGAAAACUGCUUGGCAAGUGUGAUCUGUUCAACACCGGCACUGUUACUCAAACAUUCUCAAAUGCCCUUUAAACGCGCGAGUCAACACUGUAUCGACAGCGUGCUUCAAAUCAUCGUGAAAUGAUGAAGCGAAAUCUUUACCACCUUGUGCGCAAUUCAAGCAGUGUUUGGUAGUGUUAAUUAUUUUCAAAAAGCUAUGAAACGUUUAUUAGAGCAUUUUCAAAACACCCCGCUGAGUCAACGAUAGACCUCAGGCCGAAAUUGUAUACAAAUUAGGAGCUACCAAAGAUGGAGGGGGCUAUAAAUUUUACUACAAAGAAUGAAGUUUAGAAAUGGUAUAUUCGGUGUAAUCCUCCACAAAUGCAGCUUUUUCUUCUUGGAAUGAAUACAUGUAAAUAUAGGAAAACCAUACUAUUUUUUAUAUUAUCUAAAAUUCUGUGCAAUUAACUUCGCUCUUUUUCUUGAUAGUCACGCAAAACAUAAUUUCUCUCAAAAAAUUUAAACUCAAAUUGCUAUUUUUGAUGAUCAAUGCUAAAAACUGCUGAAAAAACGCAUUGGAAAUUACAACCUACAGAUCUACCGCUUUGCUAAAGCAAUUAAUUUUCCUAUAAUUCAAGCCAAGUGAAUUAUCUGGAAAAAAAUUAUAGUUUUUAUUUUUUUCCCCUCGAUGAAUAAAUUGCCUAGCUUAGACCUUAUGCGUAAAAUUAUUAAAAUAUUCUCAUUAUUUUACUGCCAUCAUUAUCUUAUUUUUUAUAUUCUUAGCUGGCCCGCCUUGCUCCGAAAACUUUUAUUAAUCGUGAUAAGAUAUUAUCUGGAGGCGCCUUUUCAAUGCGAGAGAGCAGAAUGCUAAUGAAAAAAACCCAGCUACUAUGUACUUAAUAACACCUGCACUAUCUCUAGACACAAUAUGAUUUUCUCAAGAAUCUUAGGAAAAAAAUUAAAAGUUUUGUUAAACUUAAUCCGUUGACGGAAAAAAAUCCUAAACUUUGGGAAGUGUGAAAUCAAACCUAGACUCGAAUUCAAAUCGGUGAUCAAUUCUAAUUAGCGACGAUAAAAUGUUUAUUCAUACUCGGUUUUUUUUUCUUUAAAUAUUUUAAUUGCUGUUCACGAACUGACUCAUAAAGAGAAAAUAACAUACGAUAUUUCCCUUAGCCUCUGACACUGGCCCUCUCUAUCAGAAAAACAUGUUUAAAACUAAGAAGGUAAUCGAAGAAAUGAUCAUUGUAGCAUAAAGCCAAUUCCUUCUUUAUGCCAUACCGCUUGAAGCAGAUGCGUAUGCCUCAUUGAAAGGCCUUUUGUUGUGCAGCGCCAAAAGGCAAUUUAGCAAAUAAAGGAAAUAACUUUUAAAGUUACAAUGCCUGAAAAGCUGAAGGCAUAUUAGCCAGGACAGGAAAUGAAAAUUGCUCAAGGAAGCCGAAACAAUUGCUUUACAAUGUCCUUGAUAGUUUGCAUUAUCGCAUUUGUGUUUCUCUUCUUUUUAUUUUUUGUCUUUUUUCCUUGAUUUGGUUUUUCUUUGUUUAUAUAUUUAUUAUUAUUAUUAUUAUCAUUAUUAUUAUUAAUUUAACUUUCCUUCCAUUUGCGCAGUCCUCCAAUCACCAGAUUUAGUGAAAGCUGCCCUAAACAAUGGAUAAAAAAGAUAAAUUUUGUUGUAUUGUUCAAACUCAUUUUGGCUCAUACAUUUAGUAUUCUUCGAUUUAUGUGGUUUUGCAACUGUCUUGCUUUUCUUUCAGAAAUGAAAAAUUAUUUUAGUGUCAUGACCCGGUAAUUUCAUAAAAAAAAAUGAUGCGCAAUAAUUCUGCACCCUUUGCGGACCUCUGUUGACCCGUAAAAUGUAACGCAAAGAAAUUGUGCGAUUACUAUCAAUGCAAUUUUACCAUAGCAACAUGAAUCUUCCGGACAUACAUUACGAACGUGUGCAUAAUUGUGGUGUAUGUUUUUUUUUCCCGUUUGACACACAGAGAAAGGGUACGAUGAUUGUCUAUUGGGAUCACAGAUAGACGGCUAUUACAGGUAUGAACCUUCUGGGGCCAGUAAAAGAGAACUUGAUAAAGCAGCCACGAAAAUACAGUCAACAUUCCGGGGGCAUAAGGUGAGACAAGAAGCAAAAGCCUUGACGGAGACUGGGAAUGAGGGACAUCGCCAAGAAGAAGAAACAUCAGCAGCCGCUGCAGAAAAUUUUGGCGGGAAAGAACACGAGGCUGCCUCUCGCAUACAAGCUGGUUACCGUGGUUACAAUGCUCGCCAGACAUUAAAGGCGCGAAACCAGGCAGCGACAAAGAUCCAAGCUGGAUAUCGUGGCUACACUGUUAGGAAAGAUUUGGAAGGAGGCGGCAUUUCGAGACCAAAUCGCAAAGAUAGCCCAGUUCCAUGGCGUGGAGAAGAAGAAGCUGCGGCUCUGAAAAUACAGUCAACUUUUCGAGGGCACCGAGCCAGGGAAGCAAUCCGAAGUGAACGGAAUAUGAAUACUAGUGAAAACGAAGGCAAAAUUAUGGCUGCAGAAAGCAGUAAGGAAAACGAGAGAAACCAAAUGGAGAAGAGUUUUAAUGCCGUCAAAGAUGCAAAAAUGGCGAGAGAUGACGCUGCUACCACGAUCCAAUCAAACUAUCGCGGCUACUACACUCGACAGCAGCUGAAGAACAAAAAUACCGCUGCAAUAACCAUUCAAGCUCAUUACAAAGGAUAUAGAGCACGAAAGAUUCGGCGCACCAGAUCUGAAGCUGCCGUCACGAUCCAGAGCUACUACCGUGGUCACAGGACGAGAGAAAGUUUAAAAAAGCGAAGCUCCACCAAAACAUACUUGGAAGUGUCGGUUAGUGACGAGUUCGCGUUGCACCGUGACAGCCGCACAUCGUUCAGUCUUCCCGCAGGAGUGAAGUUCGAGGGGAACUUGGACGAAGACAGCGAUGAGGAGAUUGAUAAAAUGGUGGACAAACUAAAGGCGAUACAGGAGUCCUCUAGUCCAGAUCUUGCAGAUGACAAAGCUGAUAGUUAGAUUAUACAUAGUGCGAAUAUAUACAGCAUGAAUUGUUCAAAGCAUAGGCUGUUUUGAUAGUUACCCUCAUUUUCACAGCUUCUUCGGAUUUAAAUAAAUCUUGCGCGAGCAAACUUUGAAGAAAAAAAUUAGAACAGUUUGCGGGUGAGUUGCUUUACUCCGCAUUGUGAUUGGUUCAAGAAAACCCGUGCCACUCCGUCAGCCACUCCGUCAGCCAAUCAGAUGCAAACUUAGUCGCACGCGUUUUCCCGCGCUUUGGACAGUUUGCUUGAUUUACUUUGACUUUGGCUCUUAAAGGUAUUUUCCUACCUUCUGCCACUGUGAUUACUUAGGUUUCGGAUUUACGACACACAAUCCAAAAGCGCUCAAAUGCUGGAAUAUUAUAUCUGACAAUGAAGUGCUUUUCGUUUGAGAGUUAGAAAAAAAAAAUAAUGAAAUCAAAACCGAGGUCAUCACAACGGCCAGUAAAAAAAAGAGGGAAAGUGUCCAUCAAAAUUCAAAGAAAUAUAGGUCAGCGGUUCGAGCGCAGGGAAACACGAGGCAGGAUUGGCCGCAUCUGAUUGGUUAAAAGGGAGACUAAUCACAGAGUAAAGAACUCCGGAUUCCUCUCGAUAUUCAAUCGUAAAUUGCUCUAUGAGUCUUGGCACAUUGCAAUAUCCUUAAGCGUCAAAAUGGUUGUCAAAAUGUUUCUGGUCAAAACUGCUCAAUUUCUGAAUUAAUUAUAACCAUUGCGAUUUCCUCAAAUGUAAUUGGUGCGUCAGCUGCUUUAUAUAUCACUAAUCACUCUGUACAGUUGUAAUCGGACAGUUGGCUGUGAUCGGACAGCCAAUCACACUAAGUUCACUACGCUAAAUCCACCAAUCACAGAAUUGAUCACAAUAACCAUAGCAACAACCACUCACCCUGAAAAGCAAAACUGGGAUAUUUCCAAAUUUUUUGCUUUAGACAUUGUCCCUAAUAGAGAUGUUUAUCCUAAAUGUAUUUUAUUUUUCGGAAAUUGUUGUGGCUAUGAUUAAUGGUAACAGGAUUUCAUGUCGUCC